AUGCAAUACGAAUACAAUUUGACGGGCGUUGGAGUCAUGUCACGUUUUCCAUAUGUUUCUCUCGGCAACUGCAUGGGAUUGAAUUGUAAAAAUCCUGGAGCUGAGGUCGAAUUUUUGAUGACAUGCUUGCAGCUAAUUAAUGCCACCAUAACCAUAAAUCCAACGCUGGUGGAGCAUAAGCAUGUUUUACAAAUGUUAGCAAAUGGAAGCGCAGAUAUUUCUAUCAAGACAAUCAAUCAGGAAAUACCUCGACAAGAGCAGGUUGAUUUUACUGUGCCUACCGGUAUUGUGUAUCUUGGCUACUAUAUUAAAGAAAACACUAAGGUUGAAGUUGGAGAUUAUCUUGCUGGUGCAUUUCCCGGAACUGUUGUGCUUAUGGUGGCGGCUGCUAGCUUAAUUGUGAGUUGCCUCUUGCAUUUCUUCGCAAAAGUACUUAGAAAAAACUCCUCGUCAGUGGGUGACUACGAAUACUUUGCUCUAGCCGGACUACUAAGAAAUUCUAACUUCAAUCAGAAGCCGGUAUGCUCACGAUUACUCGUUGCUGUAUGGUUGCUGUUUUCUUUUAUGCUGACAGAGUACUACAACGCAAAACUUCGAAGCCUUUUGAUGACAACACAUUAUCGCGGAGCAUUUUUUACAAAUCUUGAUGAGGCAAUGGAUGCGAUGGAGUACCAGGGAUGGAAAAUGGUGAUUAACACAACAGAUUAUUCGCCAUUGUCGUACUGUCAUAGCUCUCAGUGUGGACGGCUGCGGAAGCUUUAUAAAAGAAACCUCGUACUGGAAUAUAUCAACAAUGUGUCACUUGAAGUAGCAGCCGAGGCUGAUCGCCAAUUCGGGUUCGGAGGAUUGCAAGGCGAUUUAGUGCCGCACGAGAGGAGUGUACUUAAUGAAGCCAAACGGAUACUUUUUGUCAGAGAUCAACUCAUAACACCUGCACAUCGUUCGUACGCUGUGCGCAAGAACAUGUCAGUGCUGCUGGAUAAACUGAAUCAAAUCAUUGCAUACACUUUCAACGGACUUCCCACGAUACGUAGCCGCUACACGAGACCUUAUCAACCGUAUGUCAAUAAGCACUUUCAAGAAAAUGCAAAUGUUUUAACCAUAUCACAUAUCACAAUUCUUUUCGAAUGGACAGGAGGACUUCUUUCUACUGCUUUUGCUUGUUUUAUCGGAGAGAUCAUUUGCUUCCGCUACUUCUCUUCGUUCCUGCAGUGGAUUCGAAGAACUCAGCAUCGUAAUGUUCUAGGCUCCGCAUCUGGAAAUGUGCAAAAUAGCAUCGAACUCACACAUUUCUCAAAUAUUACGGGAUAA